AUGGCCAAAGUUCUGAAAAGUAGCGACACGAGCGCCAACCGCAAAAUGAAACUCGACCGCGACGCGGCGCCGAAGAAACAAGAUGCGGCGAAGGUGACCUCGAAAAAAGAGGUAAUCAAAGAGGUGAAUGCCGACGAAAACAGCUCAGAGGUGCCUGCCACGGAAAUUAAUGCAGUCGCCGCCGAUGUCAAAGCCACAGAAAGCACCGAUGACGAGUCACUCAGUUCUUCUGACUCCGAAUCAGAGAACAUCGGCCCUCCUCCAGUCAUGCAGAUCGAAAAAAGCAAGGAUUUCGAAUCACUGGUAAGUAAACUACAAACUACUGCUUAUGUGUUUAACCUGUGCGAAACACAGGCUACGGACGAUGCAUGCAACACAGAAUAG